UUGGCGUUUGGCCUUUACCAUUACCGAAUUCGAGCAGAUCCCAAUCAACGAACUGAAGUUGUUAUCUUUUCGAUUCAGCUUUGAUGAUCUUGUGGUUUUUUUUAAGUUUAUGAAUAUAAUCAACUAAAGGCUAGUAAGUUUACUCCGAAGUCACAUAAUAUAUUUAACAGAAAUGAUGGAGGCUCUUAUUCCUGUGAUAAAUAAACUACAAGAUGUAUUUAACACAGUUGGAACCGAUGCUAUACAGUUGCCUCAAAUUGUGGUUGUUGGUACUCAGAGCUCUGGAAAAAGUUCUGUAAUAGAGAGUCUAGUGGGACGAACAUUUCUACCACGGGGAACUGGUAUUGUUACUCGAUGUCCUCUGGUUAUUCAACUAAAUUAUUGUCCCAAAGAAGACAGGGAAAGAAGAUCUUCAGAAGAAGGGACUCUUAACAUUGAAGAAUGGGGCAAGUUUCUUCACACAAAAGGUAAACUCUUCACAGAUUUCGGUGAAAUUCGCAGUGAAAUUGAGCAAGAAACAAAUCGAAAGGCUGGACACAACAAAGGAGUGUGCUCAGAACCUAUUGUGCUGAAGAUCUAUUCUCCAUCCGUGUUAAAUCUCUCACUUGUUGAUCUUCCUGGUCUUACUAAGGUACCAGUUGGAGACCAGCCUGAGGAUAUAGAACAACAAAUAAGGAAGUUGGUAGUGAAGUAUAUAAGUAAUCCCAACUCAAUAAUCUUAGCUGUAGUGACAGCGAAUACUGAUAUGGCGACUAGUGAAAGUAUCAAGAUCGCAAGAGAAGUGGACGUAGAAGGACGUCGAACUCUGGCAGUAGUUACAAAACUGGACCUUAUGGAUGCAGGUACUGAUGCUAUUGAUAUCCUAUGUGGCCGAGUCAUUCCUGUCAAACUAGGUAUCAUUGGAGUUGUCAACCGAUCCCAGCAAGACAUCAAUGACAAAAAAUCUAUCAAGGAUGCAUUGCGGGAUGAGGCUACAUUCCUGCAGCGCAAGUAUCCCACUUUAGCAAACCGCAACGGAACCCCGUAUCUGGCCAAGACGUUGAACCGACUACUUAUGCAUCACAUACGUGACUGCCUGCCUGAUCUCAAGACCCGAGUAAAUGUGAUGGUCUCACAAUUCCAGUCACUGCUCAAUUCAUUUGGAGAUGAUGUUUGUGACAAAAGCCAGACUUUGUUGCAAAUCAUCACCAAGUUUGCAUCUGCAUAUUGUGCUACUAUUGAGGGGACUGCUAGAAACAUUGAGACUACUGAACUGUGUGGUGGUGCGAGAAUAUGUUAUAUCUUCCAUGAGAUAUUUGGCCGCACACUGGAUUCCCUCCACCCUUUGGUUGGUCUAACUAAGUUGGACAUUCUCACUGCUAUUAGAAAUGCCACAGGUCCCCGACCUGCACUCUUUGUUCCAGAGGUCUCUUUUGAACUUUUGGUAAAAAGACAAAUAAGGCGGUUGGAGGAACCUGCAUUACGGUGUGUGGAGUUAGUUCAUGAAGAGAUGCAGCGUAUCAUCCAGCACUGUGGCAUAGAGAGCCAGCAAGAAAUGCUGCGAUUCCCCAAGCUGCAUGAGCGAAUUGUUGAUGUAGUCACUCAUUUGCUACGAAGGAGGCUGCCUCCAACCAAUUCAAUGGUUGAGAAUUUAGUAGCUAUUGAACUAGCGUAUAUAAAUACAAAACACCCAGACUUUCAUAAGGAUGCUGCAUUAGUCUCCUCGCUUCUCAAAUCAGUGGAAGAAGAGGAUAUAAUCAAGCAAACUCGUGUCAGCAAACGACAUACCAUCAACUUGGCUCACCCGUCAAAUAUUGCACUUGCCAAUGAAGCUGAACAGAACCAUGUGCAUCAUGGAAAGUAUAGUGAAGGUCCUAACCUUACUGACCGUGCAAAUUUGCGCAACUGGAUGACCAACAUUCUGCCACGCCAACAAGAGAACAAUAGCAAGGAGCCUUCAACAGAGAACUCACCGACAUCAACUCCUACACAUCAGCCUAAUGAGUCUGAAGGCAAGAGUGUAGUUAGUCCUCAGAAACCAAUAAAUUUACUACCAGAAGUUACUAUGACUUGUCGCAAACUUACUGACAGGGAACAGCGUGACUGUGAUGUCAUUGAACGUUUAAUUAAGUCAUAUUUCUACAUAGUUCGAAAGUCUAUUCAAGACAGUGUACCAAAGGCAGUUAUGCACUUCUUGGUGAACUAUGUCAAGGACAAUCUACAAUCAGAACUGGUAGUUCAAAUGUACAAGUCGGACCAGGCAGACGAACUACUCAAUGAGUCAGAACACAUUGCACAACGCAGGAAAGAGGCUGGAGACAUGUUGAAGGCACUACAAAAAGCGAAUCUUAUCAUCAGUGAAAUACGUGAAACUCACAUGUGGUGAAUGUGCCAUUAGUAUUAUACUCUUCUAGAAUAGCUUUUUUUAGGUACCUAUUUUAGUUUUAACUUAUUUAUUCUUGAACGAAUUCUUUUUACUUUAGAGUUAUUUUUAUCUACAAAAGUGACUCCAGAACUAUUAUUCAGGUUACCGAGUGAGUGAUAUUUAUAACAUAAUAUCCAGACAUUGUUUUGAGGCAUUAUUUAUAAUAAACAAAUUGGUUACUUAGAUACAUAGACCUGUGGUGGUUAGUUGUUGUUCUUAAUUAUAGACUUGUUGCAUUGCUACUAUAGCUGUCAGGAAGUUGUGCAUAUCCGCUAAUGUUCGAGAGUGAAAAACGGACCAGGAUGUAUAAAUUUCAAUUUGCACUACCGUUAAAUCGCCUCGAUUUUCAUCUUUAACUACAUAAUAGUAUAAAACAUAAUUAGUAAUAUUGUUGUUGAUUCUUUGUAUAUAUUGCAGUUUAAUAGUACAAUUUCAUAAAGUGUACAUGAGAGUAUUGGAUGAUAAAGCAAUUGUCAACUGAUUAUUCAUUUAUAUUAUUAGUUUAUCAGCUUUGUAUUAAAUCUAAACCCUAGAAUUAAUUACAAUCCCUCUAGUCUUUUUUUGUUGAUAGUUCAGAAGGAUUUCCCUUCAGCAUGCUUUUUUAUUAUUUUACAAUCCUUUAAAUGCAUUUUAAAUGUAAUGUUAAUAAUUGUCAUUCUUUAAAUGAGGUUGAAAUUUAAAAUGAAAGUGUUACUAUCAAAAUAAUUUGAGCCUAUUUAAAGGAGUUUUUUUUCACAGGAUAAUGGUGUUAUUUAUAAUUAAGAUUAAAACUUGUUAAAUUUGUUUAACAAUAGCAUUUUUAUUUUUGAAUUUUCAUGAAUGUCAGUUUAACUAAAUGGUGUCUAUAAGAUUCACAUAAUGUGUCCAUGAAAUUCACAUAAUAUAUUUAAAUGGAUAUAACAUUCAACUCCUGAUUUCCCUAUUUAGUUAAGUAGAUGAUGUUCAAGGAUAACUCAAAACCACAGGUGAUUCAAAGUCAAGUCACUAUCCUUAAAAACAAUGAUUAAGUAAUAAAUAAAACUGGUAUAUAGUAGAGCAGUCUAAGUAUGUCAUUUUAUUGGUUUGUAUUUUCAAAGUCAAUUAAGAGCAGUCAUACAAAUUUAGGAGGUAUCACACAAAAAUAUCUUGCUAAUAAAACACUCAAAACACCUUGGUUUUACUGCAUUUUUACUGUGAAAUUUAAAACUAUUUAAUUUAUACUCUUGUAUUUACUAUAUCUAGCUAUUUGUAAUAAUUAUGAAUGAAAAUGGCAGGGUUUGGCCAAUUAGCAAUAUAAAGCGUAUACAAAAAUCAUAUGUGUUAUAAAAACUGUAUAGAACUGACCUGAUGAUUCAUUUAAGUCAACCAGAUAAAAGGAUAGUACAGAUAUACAAUUCUUAAAGAUAUAGUGUAAAUAUUUUAUAUUGGAUUGAAUCAGAGACUGUGUGCGACUUGCGACUUGACUUGUUUGAGUCCCUCUCAGAGUUGUUUUUAUCUUAAUUUUCUUUAAUACAGGAUAAGGUAAACCAUAAUAUGAUUGAUCUAACCCCAGAUAAUUAGGAGUUGAUUGUGUAUCCUCAUCCUAUAUUAUAUAUAACAAUGGUUAUAUAGGAAUACUUUUGGUAGCAGAAGUUGAAAAUAAUUUGAUUAUAGGAAGUGAUAUCUAAAUAAUACAUUUUUUUAAAUUUUGGUUUUAGUCAAGUAUUUUGACAUAUAACAACAAAUCUCAAAGAUGUCCGGAUCAAAAAAAUCCAACACAUGGCUCAUUGUCAUGAGCCAAAUACAUAACAGUAGGUGUCUGACUCAGUGUAAUGUAAAGAAGUAAAACAUUGAUUGAUAAUAAGAUAGUUGUCUUCAUGACAUAAAAUGUGUUAAGUAUAUUCUCUGAAUGAAAACAAUAAAACAUUUUAGAGCAAACAUUAUUUCAGUUACAAAAUAUCAAAUAAAUACUAACUCAUCAAUGUAAAAUAAAAACUCAGCUCUUUAUUAUUAUUAGACAUAAUUUACAAAGUGCAAUAGACAUUGACAGUUUACAACUGCAUGUUGUAGGCCACAUAGUUUAAAAUUAAGAGUAUUUUAAUUUGAUAAACUGAUAUACAAUGCUUCCAUAUUGAUUCUUUAUCUGCUUUAAACUACUGAGAUACUCAAUGUAGUGGUUAUAAACCGUUGGUAGUGGCUUGAUCAAUGCUUACAAAAAUUAUACUAUAGUAUUAAAAAAUACACAUAAAACAGACACAAACAAAAUGGUAAAAUAAGUAUAAACUAGUAUAACUGAUGGAUAGUUUAAAUUUGAUCUAAUUUAUAUUACAAGUUACUCAAUAUUUCAGUUAGUAUCUUGAUUGUAACUUAAGAUGCAGUAGUAUUAAUUGGAAUAUAAGAAGCUUCAGUGUAAAGAUUACUUAUUAAAACAUUGUAAAAGGAGA